CAAAAAAUAUAAUUUUUUACAAUAUGGCUGACUUUAAAAAUUUUUUGUAUACAUGGUGCAGUAAAAAUUAUAAGACCCUUAAAUACUCAUAUAAUACCUUUAUAUCUAAUUAUCGUUCUCAAUUUACGUGCUCGGCUAAUAUAUCAACGUUUGAUUACGUAGGAACGGGAACUUCAACAAGUAAGAAAGAUGCUCAAACUUGUGCUGCUAAAGAUUUUAUAAACUUUUUAAUCAAAGAAGGCGCAAUACCAGCGAAUGCUUUAAGCUUAAAUGCAGCUGAUAAUGAAUCAAAUACUUCAAUUAAUAAUACACAUUAUAAUCAUUUAAUGGGUGAAGGUGAAAAUAUGACAAAUAUGAGUUCUAUAGAACCUGAUAAUGUACCUCAUAUAGAACCGUCAGAAAAUAAUUCAGAUGAGUUACUAAGACAACAAAAAUUGGAAGAAACCAAAAAUUUGGACAAAAAUGCAGAUAUUCAUGGAAAUUGGACUUUAGAAUAUGCAAAGUCUCGUUUGCAUCAAUAUUUACAGACAAAUAAAAUACACACUGAAUAUGUCUAUACAUGCGUGGGCACACCACAUAAUAGAAGUUUUAUUGCUGAAAUGAAAAUUUGUUUGAAGGAACAAGAUACAAAUAUCUCUGCAAAAGAGCAUGGCAUUACUAAGAUAAUCGCUUCAAAAGCUUGUGCACUUGUUUUAGUUAGACAAUUGUUUCAUAUGGGAAUUAUAGAAUCAUUUCAAGGACCCCCAAAGAAGGAGCAAUGGAAUAUGGAACCAUUUGUAGUGAAUCUUCAACCUACCAUCAUAGGAAAAUUAGAUAACACCUUAAAUUUGCUUCAUAUUCCACCAGAGCCAAUAGCAAUCGGGAAAGAAAUUUAUAAUGUUUACAAUUAUUCAGACUUAUUACCUGAAGAGAAUGAAACCGAUUUUGUAGAUAAAACAAUUGCCUGGUCAUUACCAGCUUCUAACUGGAAUCCAUGGACCUCCUUAGAUAUAGAUGACCAAUUACAAACAUCUUGUGAACUACUUAGCCUGGAUAUAAACAAAAAAUGGGAAGCAAAACUUGAACAAUAUCCGAUCAUGAGAAAAAUUUUGGAUGAAAGAGAUCUCCUCCCUAUUUUUGAGUUAAAAGGACAAAUUUUGAACUUGAUUCAAAAUAAUUCUGUGAUAAUUAUAAAAGGACCAACAGGUUGUGGUAAAACGACUCAGGUCCCUCAAUACAUAUUAGAUGAUUAUAUGGAAAAAGAGAAAGGUGGUGAAUGUAGUAUUUUGGUGACUGAGCCCAGAAGGAUGAAUUGUUUAUUAGCUGCUGAACGUGUUUGUGAAGAAAGGCUAGAGAGCUUGAGUGGGGAUACAAGUGCAGUUGGAUAUACAACCCCAUUUAUUACAAAAUAUCCUCGCCCAUUUGGCUCUAUUUUAUUUUGCACUACAGAAUAUUUAGUCAAAAAACUGGAAAAAGGGCUUAAAGGUGUUUCCCAUAUUAUUAUUGAUGAAAUUCAUGAAAGAGAUUUAUAUACUGAUUUUUUACUUCUUGUGUUGAAAGGCAUGAUUUCCAUAUAUCCUAAUAUAAAGAUCAUACUUAUGUCAGGCUCCAGAGACACCGAGAAGUUUUCAAAAUAUUUUGAUGAUUGUCCAGUUAUAGAAGUUUUUGUAAGAUCGUAUCCAGUUCAAAGGUAUUUUUUGGAAGAUUGUGUUCAAAUGACUAAUUUCGAUUUCGAUGGCUCUGUGUCAUCAGCCAUAGCAAAAAUCGCUAUGAAAAGAAAACAAAAACUAGAGAAUACUGAUAUAAAACUAAAUGGUGAAGGUGAUGAAAUAGAUAAUGUUGAUGAAAAUAAUGAUGACACUCGAACAAAAAUUGAUGAAACAAUGAAAUAUGACGAAAAUUUUAUGAAUAUUAAUUUAAACGCAUGUGUAUCUAAAGCAUAUAAGCCUGAAACUCGACAUGCUUGCUCAAAAUUGAUGGAGAAUGAUAUAUCCUUUGAAUUGAUUCAUGCAUUACUAGAAUAUAUUGAUAGUUUACAAAAUCCGGGUGCUACACUUAUAAUUUUCCCAGGAAUAACCUACAUCACUAGUUUCAAUAAAUAUCUUAUAAACAUUCCAAAAUAUAAUAAUCCACAAACAUGUCGAAUUUUUCAAUUCCACUCUUAUAUAACCCAUGAAGAACAAAGGAAAGUCUAUCAAUUAACUCCUGUUGGAAUUAAUAAAAUCAUAUUAGCUACAAAUAUAGCAGAAACAAGUGCUACAAUAAAUGAUGUUAUAUAUGUUGUCGAUACCUGCAAAGUUGACACCAGAAUAUACGCCCCUGCUAAUGAUUCAAUUUAUUAUAUAACUCGAUUUGCUUCAAAAUACAAUUUAGAGCAAAGAAUGGACAGUGCUGGCAGGGUUAAGCCUGGAUUUUGCUUUCAUUUGUGUAGCAGAGCUCGAUAUGAAACUUUGGAUGACACCUUGGCCCCAGAAAUCUUUUCAGCUCCACUACACGAAAUAUGCUUGAUUAUUAAACACCUAAAAUUAGGUAACAUUGCUGCAUUUUUAUCAAAGGCUAUUGAUCCACCUUUAAUCGAAUAUGUUAAUGCUAGCCAAGCUAGUCUUAUAGCAAUGGGGGCCCUACAACUUCUAAAAAACGAAUCAAAGGAUAAUAUUAAGUUAACAUCCUUAGGCAAUAUCCUAGUUACACUACCCUUUGAACCAAAAGUUGGCAAAAUGGUCAUAUUUGCUACUAUUUUAGGAUUGGGAGAUUCGUUAUCUGUUAUUGCAGCAUUUAUGUAUUAUCAAAGGUUUUUUGACAUUGAAAUCAAAAAAUCUAAAUUAACUUUCCAAGAAACCCACGGUCGACUCAGUGAUCAGGUCUCUCAACUCAUAACAUUUCAAAGAUGGGAAAAGGCCAAGAAUAUUGAUGAAAUUACGGAAAUCAAUUACUGCAAAGAAAAUAAUAUUCCAAUUGCCUACCUGAAACUGAUAAAUGAAACCAAAAAUAUAAUCAAGAAACAUAUAAAUAGUAUUGGAUUUGAUUUAGAGAUCUUAAAAUCAAGCAAUAUCGAUACAAAUUCUGACAAUAAACUAGAUAUGAUACUUGCUCUAUUGUGCAUAGGAUGCAAUACAAACUUUGGUUAUCAUAUACGAAAAAGAAAAGUAAUGAUUGUAGGUGGGAAUGAAGCUUUGAUUAGUCGAAAAUCAAUUUUGUGUUCCAACAAUAUAUUUCAUAGUCCAUUUAUGGUUUUUGGAGAAAUGACUAGUACUAAAAGAAGUGCCUUGAUUGACAAAAUAUCUGAGAUAUCAUUAAUUGAUAUUUUAGUAUUUGGAACCUUUAAACUAAAAAUUUUGGAUAAUAACAUCGUUUUAAUUGAUAAUUGGAUUAAACUCAAAGUAGACCCCUACAUUUUAUCUAAAUUCACUUCAUUGCGAAGUGUUGCUGAAAAAUUACUCGAAACUUUAUGUUUCAAUCCCAGUUUUUUGAAUGAAAUAAGAGUAUGUCAAAGUAAACCAGGAUUUAACAAGUUAAACAAUAAAAAGGAUGAUACAGCCACGAAAGCAGUUCUUCUUAUAAAUGGACUUUACAAAAUUUGUGAAAUUGAUUCUAUUAAAGCACAUGAAAAAAUGGAUAUGGAUGACCAGAAUAUAAUGGGGGAAUUAAAUAGACUAAAUAACUAUGUACUUUUAGAGGAAGAAGCAGGAGAUGAAGAUGGAGAUAAAUUGAGCGUUUUAUCCUACAAUUCGGGUGAUUCAUAUCAUGCUUCCCAUGCUAAAUUAAUCAGGUUUAAGCAUGCAGCCCUGGUGGACCAUUCAACCAACUACAAUCCCAAAUUAAAAGAUUGCACAUUCAUUCCCACCAACCUUGGAUCUCUGUUACAAAGUAUUGACAAAAAGGAUGAAAUACCAGAAGCUUCAUCUUAUGAUAUCAACACCUACACUGAUGAUCAUGUUGAUUUAGUUAAAUAUGAUAAGGGUCGACCUCCAUCAUUCUUUUCUCCACGACCUCUUUUUAGUCGCUUUAGAGGACCACCACCACCAUUUAUGCAUCGACCACCUGGACAUUUCAGACAUUUAGCACCUUUUCGUCAUUUUGGAGGUCCUCGUCCUUAUCGUCCACCCAUGAUGUGGGAUAAUAAAUCCAAUAAACGCUAUUUCCUUAGUGAUGUUAACAAACGCAAGAAAAAAAGGAAAACGACAACACCAAUUACUGCUAACAAAGUUAAUGCUACUUCUGGUUCAGCAACUGUUGAUAGUGCACCAGCCCCACCACCUCCAUUCAUUGAUACCUCAAAUAUAACAAGCGAAAAUAUAAAAGGUGUUCGUAUUGACCAAUUGGAUGAUAAAACGAGGGAUAUUGUACUUAGAGCCCGCAAAAGAGCCAAAAGGGAACGUUACAUGAAAAAUAAAAAGGAUCAAGAAGGUAGUACAGGGAAUGCGGUUGCAUCUAAAUUUACAAAUAAAAGACGCUCUUUUAACCAAAAUAAGAAGUUUAAUCUAGCUCCUUUCCCCAAAACUGGUGCAAAUAAAUCAUCAAUCACCCCCUCCUUGAAUUCUUCUCUUAACAGUAAUCCCCCAACUACACCAUCUUCCAAUACAUUUGCAUAUAAACCAACAUCCAAUCUUAAAUUUAAUAAAUUUAAAAAGCCACUAAGUGCAUCUUUUACUAAAGCAACAGGUCCACCUGCCAAUUCAUUCAAAUUUACUGAAUAUUCGAACUUGAGCAAUCCACAAACUGUGCAACAAGCAGGAUCUCAAAUGAACUACAAUGAUCCAUCAGUUGCUGCUAUGUUUAAUAUGUUUAAUGCUGGCUAUCCCAGCAUGCCAAACCAGCCUCCAUUUAACUCUUUUAUGCCUAAUCAAUACGGUUUUUAUCCAAAUUUUCCCUUUCAAUAAAAAAUAAAAACUUUUUUGUAAUAAAUGCAUUAUCUAAUUUUAUUUUAUACUUUUUUCAAAUUUAGUUUACACGUUUAUUUUUAAAAAUAUAGUUAGUUAUAUUAUUGCUUAGUUAUACUAAAAAUACACCAUUAUAACAUAUUUCAAUUUAUUAAUUAUAUUUUGUAUAAAUAAAUGUGAUAUCAUACAUAAAA